CCCUGAGACGGAGAAGAAAGCCUUACAUUUUACCUUAGGGUUUUUAUCAGUAAUUAAUUAAUGUAGCGUGUACUGUACCUCGCAAUAUUUACAUUUCGAGAAAGGCUGACCUGCUCUCAUGUUGCUCGUCGCUCGCCAUUGAGUUACAGAAAAAAAUGCCACUACAACUUAUUGAAGGGAUGUCCAGCAGGAAGAGAAGACCCAACUGGACAGACCAGGAGUGUCUUCUUCUUGCUAUGCUAAUGCAAGAGAAGAAGGACGUAAUCAGAGGGAAGUGCAGCACUGGAAUUACAAUACAGGAUAAAAGGAAAGGCUGGGAGGAAAUAACCCAAGCCAUAAAUGAAGCCUUUCCACUGUUUCAGCGUACAGUAUCUGACUGUAACAAAAAGUGGGAAAAUCUAAUGUCAAAGUCAAGGGAGGAGAUCAAACGGCACAGAAGGCAAUCAAGCACAGAAGGCCUGUCCAUGGAGCAGUUAAGUGCUGUGACUCAGGUCGUGGUUUCUGUGAUGAACCUCUCAGACAGGCUGCAACAGGAUGGAGAAGACUCUUUAAUCUCAGGACUGGUGGAAACUCAACAUAACAGUUGCGAUGAAGAUGGAAAUCAGCACUCAGUUGAUGAAAGAUUCUCCACCAAUCAUCCCCUGAGAGAGCUUGAGCUCCCGACACAUACAGGACCAUCAAGUUCUCCAGCAGAACAGAAAAUGACUGUUUUUGCUAAUUUCCCAAAAUCAAUCGCAAUGCAUUUUAGUUCUCCUCGUGCUGCUGACUUUGCAGCUUCUGCAGAACACCAGGAAACCUCCUGCUCUUCUUCAUCUCCAGGCAACUGCACAACGCUGCAAGAGCGUUUGGAUUUGGAAAUGUCAGUACUAAGAAGACAAGAGGCAGUUCUAAAGCUGCAAGAAGAAUAUUACACACUUAAAAUCAAGAUGAUGAAAAAGCCGAUAGUCAAAGGACUGAAGUAACUGUAAAGAACGAUCUGUUGCUUCGGUCUGUUUCUUGUGAAAUGUAUUUGUGAACAACCCUUUGUUUUGUUGUGAAUUUGUAUUAUUGUUUUAAUUGAUUAUAUGUUGACAUAGAAAUAGCAAUAGAACAGUGAAUAA